ACAAACUAUAGCUUGCGAUUAGCUCUCAGAAUGAUCGUUCUCAACUCUUCCGGCUACAAGUUCUUUUCUUUUGAGAUCGGGAGGCGCCUAAGACAGGCCAUUGAUCAUUCAUUUGCGAUGACUUGAGCUUUUUUCCCUCACGAAGCUGCCACUACUGAUUCAUCACAUGCAAUUUUUCUGGACUGCCUUGUUAAAUUGCGACUCUGCCAAUAUGUCACCGCUCAGAGCACUUUCGCAGGAUGUCCGACCGGAAGCGUCGGCGGAAUAUACGCAAUCGUCUUCGGUGCGUAUAACUGGCAAUUCUGUAGGCCAGAAAUGCUCCUAUGAAGAUUGCCGUCGUUCAGUGACAGAAGGUGGCCACGUGUGUAUAACACCUGGCAGACUUGGCCAACCGGCAAGCUCGGAUUCACGUCACAGUACGCACAACAAUGGAGUACCGACUCUUAGCGAAUUCCAGGCGAUUACUGGCCAUUGUUUCAGCGAUUCUCUGGCUACUGGAGCUGGCCAGGUCAUGUCAACGUUCACAUCUCAGCAAUGGCACUACCCACAAAACUCAUCAGUGGGUUAUGUUGAUCCUCAAAAACCUACAGAUAAGCCUGGUAAACAACUUUCUGCGAAAAGAGUUGCAAGGAAAGGCGUGCAAGCCCAACGAAAAUCGAGCAUCACAUCUGCUGCCAACCACUUCAACGCGAGGCCACCAAACAGCUUCUCCAACAUCACAGCUCUACCGCAUGGCGAGCAAAGGGCGCAAGUUGAACCUGCACACAAUCUGCAAUUGACUAAUGAUGGACGUGGUGGUUCACCGUUCAAUCCAAUAGGCUUAAACGCCACGCAAGACGAAGGCGGCAACUUCCUUUUGCGACCAAACAUAUCAUCAAACGCGCACCAUCGAAACGCCGCAAUUCAGGACAAUAACAAGAAAGUGAAUGUCGGUGCUAAAGCGAGUCCAAGCAGAGUCGGCGGUGUCUUCAAGACAGUCUCGUCGGUCAAUGAUAUGCAGCGAUUAGGCAGAGAGGACACUCAUCUUGGAGUCCAAAAUCAAAGCUUGAAGACUAUUUUAAAUGACGAACAGUCGCCUGUCGAAAAUUCUGCCAAACACUAUUUGCAACAAACAACGCACGGCCAAUUGCGCGUCUCACGCAACUCAUCACCUUCCAGCUUUCCCUCAACAAAUCCAACGCAUUUACAGCAACAUUCCUUUGGCCAGAAAGAUAUUCGUGGAAGCCCUUUCGAGCUGCCAGUAAUACACAGAAGCCAUUCUCAAGGCACGAUGGUACCACAAAAUUUAACACCACCUGUGAAAUACGUUGGUGUAACCCGAAAAUCACAUGAUCAUGAUUACUCCGUUAAUCAGAAUCAUGGACUGGGAAAAGCUCGCGAUGACUCGGCAGAUAGAUCAAUCUCAACAACAGCAAUACCGAGUGACGACGACGCAGGAACUAACAAGGCGCCGUGGUUGCGAACGGGGCAGGCAACCCAGAACCGCCAGUUUCCCCAGUCAAACAAGUGUGCACGGGUCCAAAGUGAUGUGCCUGGCAGCCCAGCUUCUGGAGCAGGGACCUAUGGAUCUACCUCUGUGCAAGAUCUGGGGUUGCCACGACAACAGGUCGCUCAUGGGAAAAGUGAUACACCCAUUGUGAUCUCAGACAGCGAUGACGAGCUUCCAGCUGCCUCAGAACUCGACAGGAGGGCGAAGGGAGGUACGAAGCCCACCUCACAUGAAUCAGUCUCUCAAGAGAUACGACGAUUGCUGUCACCAUCAGAGUUCAGCAUACCCAAUGCUAAAGUUAAAAGGACAACGCCCACAAAGUACAGCGAGGUACUCUCGGCGCGCAAUUUCGCUAGUAGCUUGCCAGAGCAAAAGCAACACAAAUCACGAGUCUCGAUUUUGCUCGGUUCUAGUGCCCCAACUAAGAAACAACCUGAAGUCGCCUCUGAUUGCCCACACUUUGAGAGCAGUCCUGAUCAAUCAUCAGCAAGCGUGGACCAAGAUUACACGGCAUCACUCACACCACAUCCGCAGCCCGCCUUUACGAUGGGCUUAAACAACGAUGCGCCUUCAUCGACGCAUCCUGCUAUACCAUUGGAUAAGCCUCUUCACGAGCAUACCAAAGAAGAUCUGCACAGUAGCGCCCAAAGCAACACUAAUUCGAGUGCGCAGACUCUGUGUAAUGGCUGGCCUCACAAAGCUUCCAUGCAUCAGGUAGAGCCAGCAUCGAACGAAGUUCGUCGUUGUCAGAAAAAUGGGUUCCGUCUCAAAAGAUACGACAAGUCUCGAAGCAAUCAUAUACAAGGAUACGCCUUCGAAGUUUUCAACAUAGAAGGCUUCAACCCACAGAGCGAGACCAGUGAGGACUCAAGUCAUCUGUUGCAGAGUCAUAUAAACAGUACUGCCAAUCAAGCCUAUCGCCCAGGUUCGCAAAUUUACGGCCAAACUGCAGACCUGACGUCAUCAAUGUCAUCGAAAUCGUGGGGGAGCUGGGCUUACAUCAACCCGCUCACACACUGGACAUUUGACCAAUCGCCAGAGUGGUAUGAGAAUAAGAUGAAAGAAGUGGCUGCCCGAGGCAGUCGGAAAUCUAAGCUACGCUAUAGCAAGCCACAACAAGGAUUUCAGUUCCUCCAGAUGUAUGAGGACAAGGACGAAGAUGACCAAGAACAUGCCCAAUUAUCUCAAUCAGAGGGGCAUAUGAACAAGAAACAGAAAGAGGACGUCGCACUACCUGAUUUUGUUCGCCACAAUUCGGACUGGGUGCAAGCUUUACAAAUCAUGGACGCCAUGACAGCCGAAUCCAGCGCAAAGCCAGCGCAGUAUAAAAGAAAAGCAUCAAAGGCAUUUUCAGGUGAUGGUAAUGAUUGAUGAUUAAUGAAGCCCCCUUAUUUACUAGCCUUACAAACGAUAUCAAUCCGCAGUCGGCGUCGAUGUCCUGGUAGUUGAAUGGGAAAUUACGGCUGGAAGACGACUGUCUUUACUCCCUCUAAGGCGAUCGCGCAAAGCUCAGGCCAUGGUGGGCGGUUUUGGCAUUCUUAAGUAAUCAGUAUCGCGCGGCAUUAACGAUGAUGCCACCGUUCAGAAAGAUAUUGAGCUUAGUUUUCCGAAGUUCCAGAGACUUCCACCACGCAUGAGUCUGCCAUAUGG